AACCACCUUCGGAUGGAUCUCAAGACUGGGGUGGUCGAGCUUUAUCACCAUACUGCAUUCUGAAAAGAGUGUCUCAAAGCCUCGAAAGAUACCAAUGUGGAGCCUCUCCUCCGAGAGAGAUAUUAGAUACUAUUACUGGGGUUCACGGUUAAUGGACCUGUACGACGAACUUGAGAACCCAAGACCUCGAAGACCUAUCUAUGUCUGGUUGGAACGGCGAGGUAAGGCUAGGCACGUGAUGCUGGCGACACUUAUUGGAGUGAUCAUUGCGAUCAUUCUUGGGAUACUAGGACUAGCUGUUGGUAUUUUCCAGGCUUGGGUAGCAUAUGAAGCGUGGAAACAUCCAGUGCAAGUAUAAACUGCUGUACUUAGCUUUGCGAAG